GAAACUGAGGCAGGGCGGGGGGGGGAAGGGCCAGGGUGGCAGCGGGGGAGGGGCGGAGGUGAGGAUGAAGGUCCAAGGGGUCUUCCAUGAUGAGGAUGAUGAAGGUCCAGGAGAUCUUCCAUGAUGAAGGUCCAGAGGUUCUUCCAUGAUGAGGAUGAUGAAGGUCUAAGGGGCUCCUCCAUGGUGAGGACAAUGAAGAGAUCUUCCAUGGUGAAGGUCCAAGGGUUCUUCUUCCAUGAUGAGGAUGAUGAAGGUCCAAGGGGCUCCUCCAUGGUGAGGACGAUGAAGGUCCAGGAGAUCUUCCAUGAUGAGGAUGGUGAAGGUCCAAGGGCUCCUCCAUGAUGAGGUGGAUGAAGGUCCAAGAGAUCUUCCAUGAUGAGGAUGAUGAAGGUCCAUGAGUUCUUCCAUGAUGAGGUGGAUGAAGGUCCAAGGGUUCUUCUUCCAUGAUGAGGAUGAUGAAGGUCCAAGAGAUCUUCCAUGAUGAAGGUCCAAGGGCUCGUCCGUGAUGAGGAUGAUGAAGGUCAGCAACUCUCCCACAGCGAGACCGAAGGUCAGGACCUCUCGGAGCCUCUUCCACCGUGAUGAUGAUGAUGAUGAUGAUGAAGGUCACGGCCAACUGGACACCAAGGGCUGAGGAUGACGAAGAUCAGAGACCCCAACGACCGCGAUGAGGGCCAGGAGCUCCCGGAGGCCGAGGAGGAGGAGGAGGAUGAAGGCCGGAAACCUUCAGAGGACAAUGAUGAACUCGGGGGACUCUCCGAGGAUGAUGAAGGUUGGAGACCCUUCAACGAUGAUGAAGAUUGGGACCUCUUUGAGGAUGAUGAAGAUUGGGGACCAUUCAACGAUGAUGAAGGUUGGGACCUCUUUGAGGAUGAUGAAGAUUGGGGACCGUUCAAUGAUGAUGAAGGCUGGAGACCCUUUGAUGACGACGAAGAUCAGGAGCUCUUUGAUGAUGAUGGAGGUUGGAGACCCUUCAAUGAUGACGAUGAUGAAGAUUUGGAAUCCUUCAAUGAUGAUGAAGAUCGGGACCUCUUUGAUGAUGAUGAAGAUCAGGAACUCCUUGAUGCUGAAUACUGGAAACCCUUCAAUGAUGAUGACGAAGAUUUGGAAUCCUUCAUUGAUGAUGAAGAUCAGGAACUCUGAUGAUGAUGAUGAAGAUCAGGAGCUCUUCGAUGAUGAUGAAGAUCAGGAACCCUUUGAUGAUGAAGAUGACGACAUUGGCAGCUCUGACCAUGACCAAGACUGGAGACUCUUCAAGGACCACAAAGGCCACCCCAUGAUGAUGACGAUGAUGAUGGUGAAGGCUGGCGACUCCUCAAGAACGAUGAUGAAGGUUGGAAACUCUUCGAAGAUGAUCAAGGCCAAGGACCACGAGGACCACGCUGAAGGUCAGGGACUCUUCCAGGAUGACGACGAUGAAGGCUGAGGAACGUGUCAAAGGCCAGGGACUCUGAGGAUGACGAUGAUGAAGGCUGAAGACAACGCUGAAGGUCGGGGACUCUUCCAUGAUGACGAUGAUGAAAGCUGAGGACCACGAGGACAAAGCUGAAGGUCGGGGAACUCUUUGAGGAUGACGAUGAUGAA